CUAUUCCAACGGCUCCCAUCGCACAAUGGCGGGCAGUUUCCAUAAUAGUGGUGUCAACUCCCUUCAAGACGGUUUUCGGGGAUUGUCAUUAAGUGACGAUGGUGUUGGUGUAAGUAUUAUUUCUUGGAACCCUAUAUUUGUUAUGACACCUGUAGCAUCCUGAUAGGAAGCCAUCACCAACACAUGUAUGGACGAAGGUUGAUAGGUCCGCUGUAAGCGCUGUAAGCGCUUCAAUGCAUAUAAGGCACCAACACAGCUCUUGGCAAAUCUCGUAUCCAAGAAAGGAAGCUGUACUGAAUAUUAUGUACUGCCGUCAGGUAGCAUAAGAGGACUAGCUCCUCCCGAAGGGACUUGAGGGGGGGAGAGAGGGCAAGCAGGUCGUAAAAAGAUUAUAGCUACUCAAUAUAUUGCCUUAACCCCAUUUUGACAAUAUUACGUACUGCCUAAAACAUAUCAUGAAGGCAAAAGGAGUGGGUGAACAUUCUCGCCAUUCGAUUGAGGCGCCCAUCUUUUACGGAGUCGUCUGUUCGGACUCUCCUACUGAAGUUGAGGGUGGUUUUCGGUCAGGGCUGGAUCCUUCAGGGGAACUUGAGACCAUUAGUACGGUUCAAUUGUGCUCACAGUUUCUUUCUACACAUUCACCAUUGCGUAGUUCUAAGAAAUCGCCGUUCACCUCGGUAACAAAUAACCUCAAGCACGCCAUUUACUCCGCUUUCUCUGAUUUUCAUGACGAAGUGGACGUGGCUAUUCUCUUGAUUCGCCCUGGUAAGUUGAAUCCGGGAGGUUAUAUUGAAUGCAAUUAUCUCCGCUUUCAGUGUGGUCUUCCUAGAGAUACUAAUUUUGACGCCGAGGUCCUCGUGUGGAGGGAAAUACCUGCGGAAAGCAUCUUAUGCCGAUGGAAUAGAUUACAAAUUCAGCAUAGUGGAUUGCUCAGUACUAUCGACAAUUAUGAGUCUGAACUGCCACAUAGUUUUGGAAAAAUGUUGGUAGACGUCUUGGGCAUGAACCCUAAUCAUAUCCAGACAAAGCAGGUGUUUCUUUUUCUCCUUUUGCGGAAGUACAAAACUGGACCUACUGAAGACCUACAGACAAUCUACGACAGUCCUGAUUUCGGGUUGAAGGUUGGGGAUUUUGAUGACUUCCUUUAUGAUGCGGCUCGGCGCUCCUGGACUGACCAAAUGCUUGUCCAUGUGCCGAUGAAUUACCCAAGACGCGCCGACGCCGUAAACCUCCUAAACGAUCCACUUUGCCCGACCAUCAAGGUACAGUUAACUAACUCGUAUUCUGCAUCUGUUGAGGUUGUCGUCUGCCCAACCUUCAAGUCGUGGUGGAUGAGCCGGGAGGAGAGUGGCGAGAUGGAAUGGGAGCAGUACCGUAAAACAGACGUGCCCGACCAGGGAUUCAGAAAAUGGCUGAAAGAUGCCAUGAACACUAUUAGACUCCUUGGGCAAAGGUCUAGGUAGGGCGGGUGGGUGUCUACUUGGGAGGAACACACAUAUGAGCUCGAGAGAAAUGUAUUGUUCUAGGGCGUUAUUAGAAAGUAAUCUAUGAAGGACCUAACCAAAUUGUGACUUGAGACUUUUCGAAAUUUGGUGAUGGUGUCG